AGUCUCUGGCGCACACGCCUCCUACCCAAAUCACAGCCCCGUGCAGCCCGGUCUCUCAUUCACAGCUUUCUAGAGAAAUCUGAGCUCCAACUGCCAGGAUAGGGGAUCUCACCCACCCAGUUCAGCCGCGCGCGCGGACACCUGCAGAAACACAUUCUCAAAGCAAGCCUGGGCGGCGGUGUGAAGGAGUGGAAGAAGUCAGAAUAACAAAUCCCACAUGAGCCUGUAAACCCUUCUCAUUGCUCAGGAUGUCCUUGUUGAAGUAAGCAAUGGCCUCGAUUUUCCUUCUCUUUUGGAUGGCCACCACCACAUAGGGCCUGAAUGUCCAGUUGUUUUCCGAGGACAGAAAGAAGACUCUGCAUUUGUCUGUUUUGGGGGCAGCCUUGUAGGAGAACCAUCGAAUGGGCCAAGGAUUCAGCGCGCUUUCAUGUGAAUGGGACCAGUUUCUGUUCUUCCCAAACCUCAGAGCUUAAGCACUUGGGAAGAAGAUUUGGCCAAGAUGACACACUUGCAGGCUGGGCUCAGUCCAGACACGAUAGAGAAAGCCCGCCUAGAACUGAAUGAAAACCCGGACGUUUUACAUCAGGACAUUCAACAGGUCAGAGACAUGAUCAUCACCAGGCCGGACAUUGGGUUUUUACGUACAGAUGAUGCCUUCAUCCUGCGUUUUCUCCGAGCCAGGAAGUUUCACCAAGCCGAUGCCUUCAGACUCCUGGCCCAGUACUUUCAGUACCGCCAGCUAAACCUGGACAUGUUCAAAAACUUCAAGGCAGAUGAUCCCGGCAUUAAGAGGGCUUUGAUUGAUGGGUUCCCUGGAGUGCUGGAAAACCGUGACCACUACGGCAGGAAGAUUCUCCUGCUGUUUGCUGCCAACUGGGAUCAGAGUAGGAACUCCUUCACAGACAUCCUUCGUGCCAUUCUGCUGUCCCUGGAAGUCCUUAUUGAAGAUCCUGAGCUGCAGAUAAAUGGUUUCAUUUUAAUUAUAGACUGGAGUAAUUUUUCCUUCAAACAAGCCUCCAAAUUGACACCUUCGAUCCUUAAACUGGCCAUUGAAGGGUUGCAGGAUAGCUUUCCUGCCCGCUUUGGAGGAGUCCAUUUUGUCAACCAGCCCUGGUACAUCCAUGCCCUGUACACACUCAUCAAGCCAUUCCUUAAAGACAAGACAAGAAAGCGGAUUUUCCUACAUGGAAACAACUUAAACAGCCUUCACCAGCUGAUACACCCUGAGUUUCUGCCCUCUGAAUUUGGAGGAACCCUCCCUCCUUAUGACAUGGGGACUUGGGCCCGGACAUUACUUGGUCCUGACUACAGUGAUGAAAAUGACUAUACCCACACCUCCUAUAAUGCCAUGCACGUGAAACACACCUGCUCCAACCUGGAGAGAGAGUGCUCACCCAAGCCCAUGAAACGAUCUCAGUCUGUGGUAGAAGCUGGCACCCUGAAACAUGAAGAGAAGGGAGAAAAUGAGAACACGCAGCCACUGCUGGCUCUGGACUGAGCCACAUCAUGUGAUGCUCCCAUGCACAAGCCUCCAGUGGAGCCGCCACCCAGGAAGCACCUGUGCGACCGACCUACAGAGACAUGUGCUCUGCUUGACAUGAGGUCCUCCACUCCAUCCCCAGCCACAACUGUCAGCAACCAUUGGUCUGAGCAGCUCACAUUGGACAAAGAUCUGAGAGAUGCUUUUAAAACUUAAUUUAACUAAUUAAUUUAUGUUUUAGGGAGGGCUUGGAGGGGAUGAAGCAAGGCAUUGAUGUAAAAAGGAUUCUUCCUCCCCACAUAUAUAUGGUAGCAAAUGUACUUAAAAAAAGGAAAGACUAAAUUUGCUGCAUAUACAUUAGGACAAGAAUUGCUCUAAGGAUUUACACAUGAACCCUCUCCAGGUUUUGCAAAUUAAGAUGAAGUGCAUUUCCAAAUAAAUACAGCAGAAUUAAACCAUGCAGACACAGCAUCAAGUUUAAGGGAGUGCAGAACCCCAAGACAAUAGUAGCUACAAUAAUUUUCAGUUUUAUUGACUUAUUUUCUGACCCAUCACCAGCAUCUAAGUGUUCAGCCUGAGAGCGUGACCUCACAGGUCUGGCUGUUUGCAAAGUUUUUAAUUUAAAUAUCCUGCAAGAAUGAUUUGGACAUCACAUUGUUUAUCAGGCCACCAGCUGACUUCAUGAACUGGUUUUAAAGAAGUCACAGCCAGUUGACAGAUGACUGCUUCAUCUUAGCAAAGUGAUUUCCUGCAGGCAUCAGGGGGAGUGUCUACAGAGAGGAGACAACUCAUUGAAAACAAAACAAAACAAAACACUGAUGAACCCAUUCAAGUUAGUUCUUGGGUUUCUACAGUAAAGAAAAAUGCUAGCAAGUUACUUCGUCGUGUCCCCCCCCCCCCCAUGAACCGUGGAGAAAGGCCCUGAGCAGGCACAGUCCUCACACAGAAAGACCCUUAAGGAUGGCUCAGCAUGUAAGUACCAAGCUGAGAGAAGACCAAGAAUGCAAGAUGAAAUGCCAAAGACCAAUCUACUUCUUUAUCCAUGCUCCUUAGAAACGGACCCCCAGUCCCCACUCACAGGAAGUCAGACAGAAAACAGACUCAAAGGUUAGGAUAUUUUAUCUGUGUCAUGUUUCCCAAGACCAGUUGAGUAGAUGUUAGAUCUUAUUCCCCGCCUAUCUGUACAACAUAGGCACUUACUAAUAUGACCAGAGUGCUUAAUGUCAAAUGAAAAUUUUAAUUGAUAAUGCUUAGUAAGAUAUUUUACAUUUUAAGCAUUUGGUAGGUUGAUUUGUUAGUUGAACAACCUAAAGGAAACAGGAAACCAAUUCAACUUUCAACCAGCCAUAGUACCUAAACAAUAUUGCUAAUUGUGGGCACCUCUCUUCUGUCUCCCUUCUCUUCCUGCCUCUUCUCUUUCUGUGUCUCUUGCUAUUUCUCCCUUUUCUCUUCUUAUU